GAUUCAUUGUGGAGUUUUCAGAGAACGGUGAUGUUUUGAUGUGUGUAAGACAAAAAGCAGUAGAGAUACAAACAUCACAAGAGAAAAUCAACACCCUUUCUUUCACCGUAAUAAAAUAUUGCAAAAUUUUAUGUUCUCCUUACCUUCCUAGUGGAUUAUUAGUUACCCGCAAUGGAUAGUUUAUACAACAUAGGGACCGCAAUAUUAUUCGGAGUCUUAGAUAGCAUUAAGGGAAUAGCCGUAGUUUUCUACCUAGAUAGGGAAGCGAACCGGAAGACCUCGCAGCAACUGAAACCGGGCCGAGCGACCAAGGAAAGUCUGUCCACUCCGACGCCAGCAGCUGUUGCCCAUCAGCAGUCACAGGCCACCACAACGAAAUUAAUAGGUGUAAACAACAAAGACAACGUGAAGAGGAAAGACGAAUCGAAAGUUCUUCACCGUGUACUACAAUGCUGCCUAUUGAACGGAGGGGUCUUCAUGCUCAGCAUUCUUCUGUUCGAAUAUGGCAUCCUUCCAGGACUGAACUUCUGCCUGUCGUAUCUGUUCUCUAACUCAGGAACCGUGGCCACCAUCUGGGGCUGGAUGAAACCGUCGCUGUCCCUAUUGUUCCACGGCUUUUGGGUCGCCCCAUUGUUCCUUCUCAGCAAGAUCGUCAACAGCCUUUGGUUCCAGGACAUCGCCGACUCGGCGUACAAGUUUCGCAAGGGGCGCCCCCAAUUGAUACCGAGCAUUAGCAAACUGAUCGCUGACACAUUGAUCAGCCUUCUGAUUCAGUUACUGUUUUUGGUGCAGAGCACUGUUGUCAAGUAUUUACCCAUUCCGGUGCCGUUCGCGUGCAGUGUGCUCUACAUUGUGCACAUGAGUCUGCUUUGCUCACUGUACGCCUUCGAGUACAAGUGGUUCAACAUGGGCUGGGAGCUGCACAAACGGCUGACCUACAUCGAAACAAAUUGGCCGUUCUUCAUCGGAUUUGGGCUUCCGCUCGCCAUCCUCUCCGAACUGCCCAACUCACUCGUGAUCAGCGGUUGCGUGUUUUCGGUUCUGUUUCCGUUGUUCAUCCUCAGCGCAAACGAAGCCACACCCAAGGUGUCCGUAUGCGAAACCCCUUUGAAAUUGUUUUCCCUCGUGGUGGCCAUCACAAAUGCCAUGUUCACCAGUCGAACAAAACUGGGCAAGGCAGCACUGUCGACUCCGAUUAGUGGCAGCUCGGCAGACCCGGGCUUGAGGCGUGGAAUGACUCCACCGUUGGGUGGCGCGGGAACGCCAUCUCUGAACUUCCAACUGAACCAACAGCAGAAAAUUCGUCAGCAACAACAACAACAGCAGCAGCAACAUCACCAUCACCAUCAUCGGCAGCACCGGCACUCAUCGCCGUCAUCCAAUAUGGGAUCGGUCGUGGGCGGAUCGACAGUGGGGUCGUCCAUAUUGAAUGCCAGCCAGCAACAGCAAACGCUACUAAAUCGUAGCGCCAGACGGUAAAUUGCGUGCACAGUUGAACUUUCCUCGGUGAUACUAAGUCAUCGUAUAUAUAUUCUGGAUUUUAUUGACUAUGUCUACUGGACUUUAUGUUGAAUUCAAAAAACUAAUAUGUUGUUCUUUUUCGAAUGUAAUUUCAAAUUCAUAGGACUGGACAAAAUCAUGUUGGGUUUUUAAAAAUUUAUAUCGCACUACUUUACUCAAUCAAUAGGAAGUAAUCAAUUCGGUAAAUAUGUAAACGAAAAGUUUAAAAUUUAAUUUAAGAGAUUAAGCUUCAGCGACCGAAUUUAUAAUUUGUCAUUUAUGGACUUCGUAUAAAAUAAACUCUUGUUUCUUAUGCAUUAUUACUGCUUUGUGAGGCUCAUAUAAUCUUGCAUAAGACAAAUUACAUCCUCGCUACAUUGACGUCGUGGCGGGAAAUUUUCUAGAUGGAGCAGAAAGUGUCCAAAAGCGAGAAUCAAGCGAUUACCUUCUACUAUACCUUACAACUGGCAACACCAACCUGCUGUGACAGUCUACUAACGUAAAGAUGUGCAAGCUGAUGAUCAAAAGGCCGUUCCUACAACUAAAUCAUCAAUCGCGUGCACUGCAAAUCACUGUUCGAUGUUUCUGCAUACAAGACACGAUUUAAACUGGCGUGAAACGCACAAUCAUAUUGUUUAUGCGAGCAAGCAAGACAAUAAAUCGACAUCAACAUUUCAUAAAGGUGAAACUUUGGUAAACAAAAGCUUCGCCCGUCGCGGGUUGGGCUAAUUGGAUCCCACCCACGCAAUCCAGUCCCACUGAUGUAAGCAGCGAAAUAUCUUCUUUCAAUAUAUGGCGCCCUUUUGAAAUGUUGGUGCCGAAAUUGUCUAGAAAUUGUAUCAACAGAAACAACGGGUCUUUGCUGCAGUGUUGUCCUACACUCAGUGCAAAAAUUCUGCUCUUUGAUUUUACUCCAUCCAAACGAUUUUAAAGUCUUAACUAAAUAAGUUCAACUAAUAGAGGGAUAUUUGAAUUUUCUAAAUGUCAUGUUAAACUAUUGAAAAAAUGCACAACAGAUCCAUAGGAGCGCGCGCACUGAAAAUACACUGGAGUGUAUUUUACAUGUCAUGUCAAAACAUUUAGAAUAUUCAAAUAUCCCUCUAUUAGUUGAACUUAUUUAGUUAAGACUAUUAAAUCGUUUAGAUGGAGUAAAAUCAAAGAGCAGAAUUUUUUGCACUGCGUGUAGGACAACACUGCUUUGCUGUACUUAACUCAAUUUAACCAAAAUUUCAUUUCCUUUUCCUCUAACACUCAGAAAGCAAAUAUGUACAUGUUUUCAGGAUGCUUCCAUUGCUAUGGAUGGCAGUGCUAAUAGUAAACGAAUAAAAUUGAACACAAUUUUGAAUUCAACCGAAUUAUUUCCUUAUAAUGAAUAUUGCGAUUUUCUCUUUAUAUACAAUCUUGUAAUAAGUUUACAUCGAAUGCUAUGAAAUCCAGAAUAUGAAUAUGAUAGCACGCAGGAAACGCAAAAUAUGAUAGAACCGCCUCGUGUUUAAUACAAUCGGGAAUAUAGAUUCGAUUGAACGCUAAUGAUCAAACAAAGCAUACAACAUACAGCGGCACAUUGAAAAGCGGAAAUUAUUAAUUACACACAUUAUACACGACGUGGAAGAAGUAUGUAACAUGCAACAGUAGGAUUGCGGUUGAUACGAUGAAAAUAAUCAAAUCAAUAAUGGUGCUCUGUUUCGGUUUCGUUGUGAAGCGUAUUUUUUUCUGUUAUGGUUCUGCGAAAAGAAUUUUCUUGAGUUUUUUAGGGUACAUUAUAUAUAGAAUAUAGGCAAGAAGCAUAACCAGACCAGCAACAUGGAAAAACUUAAUGCAAUUUUUUAAGAAUUAUGUGUUUUUGUAAAAAAAAUAAUAAUGUAAACGAUCAGACUGCUUUUUCCUCUCUAGAAAGGAAAUACAAGAAGAUUUCUUUGAGAUA